CACACACUGCUCCCUCCCACUCUGUCCCACAAGGUUGCUGAAGCUCACCUCACCUCACUUUUUGACAACACUCAACACUGGAUUGUCUCCCUGGAUUAAAUGAUAAUCUAUUUGUGAUUUUUUGACACAUGCAGGGGGAGAUAUCUUGGAUUAUUAUAAUCACUUAGAUAAUGAUGCUGCUCACCCGGUGCUGAUUCAGGGUGUAGACAGAGAGAGAGAGAAACACCUCAGGAACGCUCACUAACAAGUGAAAGGACAGACUGGACAGCUUGAUGGUGGUAAUAAGUUAAACUAAACAGACCCAAACCGAGGACGAGAUGGAAUUACGACUGGGAUGUAGGAUCACCCUGGUCUUGGUCAUCCUCGCCUUGACUCUUUCCGGAGAGAUGGUGGAAGCACAGAGGGCAGGAUGUAAGAAUGUCCACUAUGACUUAGCGUUCAUCCUUGAUACCUCGUCCAGUGUUGGAAGAGAGAACUUUGAGAAGAUCCGACAAUGGGUGUCCAACAUUGUGGACUCUUUCGAUGUGGCACCAGACAAGACCAGAGUAGCCGUGGUUCGCUACAGCGACACGCCCACCACUGAGUUCACUUUGAACAAACACAGGUCCCUGGAGGAUGUGAAGCGAGCUGCCAGUGAAAUAGUUUACCGGGGGGGAAAUACAAUGACCGGGGACGCUAUCAGCUACACCACCAACAACAUCUUCACGGAGCGAAACGGAGCCAGACCCAAAGCCAGAGGCAUCCAGAGAGUGGCCAUCCUUCUCACAGAUGGUCUGAGCCAGGAUUACGUUUUGGAGCCCUCCAAAGCCGCUGCCGCUGCCGGCAUCAGGAUGUUCGCCGUGGGGAUCGGAGAGGCGUUGAAGGUGGAGCUGGAGGAGAUCGCGGCCGAGCCAAAGAACGCCCACGUCUUCUAUGUGACGGACUUCAAUGCCAUCGACAAGAUCAGAGGCAGGCUGAGGAGGAGGCUGUGUGAGAAUGUCCUGUGUCCAAACAUGAAGGUUCAACCUGAUCGGUUCAAGCCCAACAGCUCCAGUUAUGGUCUUGAAGAGGUUCCAGGGUUCGACCUGAUGAAGUUCUUUAACGUGAGAGACAUCCUGGGGACCAGAAUCGAUGAAGGCCAGAGUGCUUACGUUCGCCUCGGCACCAUGCCCAUUGUACAGCAAACAGAGGAUGUGUUUCCUCAGGGUUUGCCAGAUGAAUACGCCUUUGUGACCACGUUCAAAUUCAGGAAGACCUCAAGACGGGAAGACUGGUACCUCUGGCAGGUCUUCGACAAAUAUGGAAUCCCACAGGUGUCCAUUCGUCUGGACGGAGAGAACAAAGCGGUGGAAUAUAACGCCGUCGGCCUGAUCAAAGACGCGGUCCGAGCCGUGUUCAAGAACCCUGAAGUCGACAAGCUGUUCGACCGCAACUGGCACAAGAUCGCCAUGAGCGUGGAGGCCAAGUCCGUGUCUCUGUAUCUGGACUGCAAACUGAUCCAGACUCUGCCCAUCGGGGACCGCGAGGACAUCGACAUCCAGGGGAAGACUGUGAUCGGGAAGAGGCUAUACGACAGCGUGCCCAUCGAUUUUGACCUCCAGAGGAUGAUGAUCUACUGUGACUCCAAGCAUGCAGAGCUGGAAACCUGCUGUGAUAUUCCCGAUGGACCUUGCCCUAAGAAAGUGGUUACAGAAGCCCCCCCCCUGGAGAUCCCCACCCCCACACCGACUGCAGUGGAGCAGAAAAGAGGACCUGAAGCGAACUGCUCGUGCCCAGAGGGAGAAAAGGGAGAUAUCGGUGUGCCCGGUGUGGCAGGACCUAAGGGUGAUAAGGGUGUCUCUGGCCCUAAGGGCGCCGUCGGAACGUCUGGAGUCAAAGGAGCAAAAGGAGAAACUGGCAAAGUAAACUCUGUUAAAGGUGACAGAGGAGAGAAGGGUGAUUCAGGCAGGAUAGGGUUGACAGGUGCUCCUGGACAUAAAGGAGAGAAGGGGCUCGGUGGUGUGCCAGGUAUCGACGGAUUAUCUGGAGACAAGGGCACAGCAGGACUGGCUGGUGAUGCAGGGCCUGAAGGUCCAGCUGGAACAAAGGGAAUUCAAGGAGAUGAAGGAACUCCUGGCUCAUCGGGACCAAAGGGUGUCUCUGGUGAAUCCGGUUCAAGGGGUGACAAAGAAGUACAAGGAAACAAGGGCGAGGCAGGUUUCGAUGGAUUCCCCGGCAAACCUGGUGUUCCUGGGAAAGAUGGUGUGAAAGGACUGUCUGGUGCUUCUGGGCUCUCUGGAGUUAAAGGCGUCAAGGGGGAGAGAGGCCUUCCCGGAUUACCUGGGGAUGUGGUUCAGAGAGAAGGCUUACGGGGUGACAAGGGAGAUGCUGGUCCUCCUGGUCCUCAAGGGCCCGAGGGUCCCCAGGGGCCUCAGGGUUCUCCCGGGAUAACGGGGCAAACCGGGACCCCCGGAGAGUUCGGUCUGAGGGGCAAGAAAGGUGAAAGUGGAUUGCCUGGAGUGGACGGGCUUCCUGGAAUCUCUGGUAUUCAUGGUCCAGCUGGGACAGCAGGAAGCAAAGGGCAGACUGGACCUCCUGGUCUACCUGGUGAAAUAGGAUUUUCAGGCAAACACGGGGAGCCAGGGAAGUCUGGUCUUUCUGGUAAAGACGGACUGGACGGUCUUCCUGGAAACGACGGUGCCACGGGUCCCAGGGGAGAGCGCGGAGCAGAUGGUUUUGCAGGAGAGGCCGGAUCCAAGGGUGAAGACGGGCCUCCGGGGCCCAGAGGACCUCCAGGGGAGAGAGGAGUGUCUGGUUCCCCUGGUCUGUCCGGUGUGGCUGGAGGGAGAGGAGACAGAGGCGUCCCCGGAGAAAGAGGAGUGGCUGGAACCUUUCGGACCAAAAGGAGACAGAGGAGACAAGGGGAUGCCUGGAGAGAGGAGAGAAGGGGGAUCAAGGGACCCGGACCCAUGGGUCAGGGAGGGCUUCCUGGAGAACAAGGCUUUAAGGGACCAGCUGGGUUGGCGGGUCCUCAGGGAGAGACUGGACUGACGGGAGAGACCGGACGAGUUGGAGACCCUGGUCCACCUGGCAUAGCUGGUCCUUCGGGUCUUCGUGGAUUACCAGGGAAUGUGGGCAUCCCCGGGAUCAUCGGGCCUCCGGGUCCAUCCGGACAGAGAGGAGACAAGGGUGAAGCAGGUAAACCCGGACAGGCCGGACCUGCAGGCCGAGGCGGAGACCCCGGACUGACCGGACUGACCGGACCCCCAGGGAAAGGGAAAGAGGGACAAAACGGGGAUCCAGGACCACAGGGAAUCCAAGGACCUCCAGGACCAAAGGGACAAACCGGGUCACGAGGAGAACCGGGGUCACCGGGGGACAGAGGAUCAGAGGGAGGGAAAAGUAACCCCCCCCCCCCCCCGGGAAAAGAUGGACAACCUGGACCUGCGGGCUUGAGGGGUCUAACAGGAGUCGCCGGACAAAUGGGUCCUGCAGGACAUAAUGGUUUACCAGGACGGCCGGGAGACAAGGGGUCACAAGGAGAGCCUGGAAAGGCAGCUGACCUCUCUGACCUGGAUCUGAAGGAUGUUUGCUCAGACUGCCCUGCAGGCCCAGCUGGAGCACCCGGUCUCCCAGGAGUCCCCGGAGAGAAAGGACACAUCGGACCUCCAGGGAAAGAUGGUCAAGACGGUUAUCAAGGCUCUCCGGGAACAGCUGGACUUCAAGGGCCCCCUGGAGCUGAUGGAGCAAAGGCAAUAAAGGGUGACCGAGGACCCCCUGGGGCGCUGGAGACCAAAGGAGACAAUGGGUCACCCGGACCUCCAGGUCACCCAGGUGCUGCUGGAAUAAUGGGAACAGCUGUUAAGGUAAACGAUGGUCAGCCGGGUCCUCUCGGCCCCCCGGGGCCCACUGGGAGAAAAGGGCAAAGGGGUCUCAAAGGAAUCCAGGGACCACCCGGUCUCCUCGGAUUAAUCGGUCAGGAUGGAAUAAUGGGCAAAGAUGGGCAACCAGGAGAAACUGGAGAAUGUGGCACGCAAGGUGAACCUGGACCUCAAGGAAACCAGGGGCUCAGGGGGCUACCGGGCUUUAAGGGCCACAGAGGAGAACCUGGACCUGCAGGAACUAAGGGAGAGGAUGGGAAGUCUGGGUCUGCUGGGCAUGAUGGAAAACCUGGAAAGGAGGGCUCUAUGGGAACUCCAGGCAGAGAAGGACUUAUUGGACCAAGAGGAGAACAGGGCAAGCCAGGUGAACCGGGUCCAUCGGGGAAAUCAGGACUCCCUGGAACUCCUGGAACCCGGGGAGACAAGGGAGAGCCCGGAAACCCCGGAUUGCCAGGCUUUAGUGGCCCUAAAGGCCCCUCGGGUCCAUCUGGUCCAGUCGGCCCAGAGGGAAAACAGGGUAUGCCAGGCAGAGUUGGUGAUCAUGGUACCAAGGGAGAAAAGGGUGACGGUGGUACGAAGGGAGAUAAAGGACAUUCAGGAGAGUCAGGUAUGCCCGGAAACCCCGGAUCCCCCGGCAGGAAGGGCCACACGGGGAUGAUGGGCAUGUCGGGGCCCCCGGGAGAAUUGGGCGCUCCUGGGUCACAGGGACCUUCAGGAAACCCAGGGAUCCCCGGACAGAGGGGAGAGUCGGUAUCACUGGAGCAGAUGAGACGCCUCAUCCAGGAGGAGCUGUCCAAACAGUUAGAUGCCAAAAUGGCCUACCUAAUGGCUCAGUUGCAGCCGGCCCAUGUGAAGAGUACUGCCGGCCGCCCAGGACCCCCUGGUCCUUUAGGAAAGGAAGGAUCUUCUGGACGCCCGGGACCCCCUGGAGAGUCUGGUAUGCCCGGACAGAACGGAGGAGAAGGAUCCAGGGGACCCUUGGGCCCUAGAGGUGAGAAAGGAGGAAGAGGAGAAAAGGGCGAAGCUGGAGUCGGCGACAGAGGAGAACAAGGACCCGUCGGCCCCAUAGGUCCAGCCGGUCUGCCUGGUUACGGUAAAGAUGGAAGCCCAGGACAGGCAGGGACCCAGGGAGAGCCAGGGAACCCCGGACCUCAUGGUCAAACUGGUCCUUCAGGUCCUACUGGCCAAUGUGACCCGACCCAGUGUGCCUACUACGCCAGCCUGGCACAAAGACCCCACACCAAAAAUGUCAAGGGGACUUAAGUAAGAAGAGUCACAAAGAGCGGCUGUAUUUAUGAACUUGGUCAGAAUCAAGAACUUUUUCAAGAUAACCUCAGUACGGAGGGCUGAAGCAAUAUGUGCUGCCGGUCAGAUUCUUAGUUUUGUGUUUUUGGUAAGGGGGAUUAAGCAUCAAGAGACUUUUUCACAUUUCAUAUGGGGGUAAAGAGGGCAGCUAAGCAGGUUUUUCACUACCAUGCUUCAUGUAGGGAGAUACCAAUGAUGAAACUCCCUCCUCUAAAACCCCAUAUCAGGAGGUAAGAUUCGGGAGUGUGAUAUUGUAGCGUUACAUCAGUAAUCAUGUUAAAAAAAGUUCAGCUUUUCUUCGAUUUCUCGCAGGAUAAUGUCUGCACCAUGGGUUUUCCUUUCUCUGCCUUACACCACUUUGCAUCAGUUACCAUUCACAUCCACUGUCCUACAUUUAAGCAAUAGUUGUCAGGUACUGCUCACUAAAUUGAUCUCUUGCUGUGAGUCUAUUGGUAAUUACUCAGCCAGGGGAAAUAUCUGCUCUAUUGUCGUUGAUGACGAAGGGGGAGGACAGACUCACUCAAAUUUAAAAUAGUGAUUUUGUGUAGGAGUGUUAACGAGUUAGUGUCAAGAGUGAUGGAUGACCACUUUUAUUCACUUCUUGCUUCCAAGCAUCUAGCAGUGUUCUUAUUUGGCCUCGUUUUUUAUCCAAAAACAUGUGGAAAAUGUAAUUACUUUUAGAAAAACAACCACUCCCUUUUUAAAAGUUGAAUGUAGAUGCAAUGUGAUCUUUUAGACAGUAGCAGAGCAAGCAUCAGCAUAUUGCUUCUGUCACAACUCAAACAUUAAAUCCUUGGAAACGUUUUUUGGAGAGAUUUGCAGGUUCCAUAAUUCAAUUGAUUUGCCUUAAGAAAAUGCAGCACACACACAACCCACACCAGGGCCGGACUGGGACAAUAAGUCAGGCCGGGAGUUAUACACCCAGCCAGGCCACUACCAGUUUUAUUUGUCAAUUUUUACAGCGUUGCUGCCCAUAGUGA